GAGCAUUCACUAAGAACUCACUCUAUAUAAACAAAGCUAUCUUCAUCCCUCCACAAUCACAAAACAGGAAUAAUAACCAAAAACACACAUAUUCUUGGUAUUAAAAUAUUAAAUGGCGAAAGAGGUGGAAGGAGCAGAGGGAUUCGCGACGAGGGACUACGAAGACCCGCCGCCAACUCCGUUUUUCGACGCGGAGGAGCUGACCAAGUGGUCUUUGUACAGAGCCGUCAUAGCCGAGUUCGUAGCCACUCUCCUCUUCUUGUAUGUCACUGUUUUGACUGUCAUCGGCUACAAGAUUUCCUCCGACACUAAGGCCGGAGGUGACGAGUGUGGAGGUGUCGGAAUCCUUGGCAUCUCAUGGGCUUUCGGCGGUAUGAUAUUCAUCCUUGUCUACUGCACCGCCGGUAUCUCAGGUGGUCAUAUCAACCCUGCGGUGACGUUCGGCUUGUUCUUGGCAAGGAAGGUAUCGUUGGUUAGAGCGGUGCUAUACAUGGUUGCUCAGUGUCUGGGUGCUAUUUGUGGAGUUGGGUUCGUGAAGGCCUUCCAAAGCGCUUACUACGUCCGUUACGGUGGAGGAGCAAACUCUCUAGCUGAUGGAUACAGCACAGGGACAGGACUCGCUGCAGAGAUCAUAGGAACAUUCGUUCUUGUCUACACUGUUUUCUCAGCUACAGAUCCCAAAAGAAACGCAAGAGACUCUCACGUUCCGGUGUUGGCUCCACUUCCGAUUGGGUUUGCGGUGUUUAUGGUUCACUUGGCCACUAUUCCAAUCACUGGAACCGGUAUUAACCCGGCCAGGAGUUUCGGAGCUGCGGUUAUCUACAACGAGUCUAAGCCGUGGGAUGACCAUUGGAUAUUCUGGGUGGGACCAUUCAUUGGAGCUGCAAUUGCUGCAUUUUAUCACCAAUUCGUCUUAAGGGCCUCUGGUUCCAAGUCCCUUGGGUCUUUCCGAAGUGCGGCCAACGUUUGAAUUUAGCCACACAAAACAAAAUAGCAAUUACAAAAUGAUUGCUGUUAUGUAUGUACAAAAUUGGCAACUUUGGUUUUAAAAUCUAUGCUCUGUUUUCUUCUUUUCGUAUUUCCUAAUUUCUGGCUUCAUUGUGGGAUAUGUGAAUGUUUGUGUACUCGGGGGAAAAAAUCAGUGAAUACAAUUGUUAUUGCCUCUCUUUUUCAACUAUCAUCAAACAUUUUCAAAUAAAAUGUUACCAGUACUACAACACUUCGACUUAGAAGUUUCAUAUGAUACUGAUUAGUCUCCAUGGUAUGAAGAGGACAAACGAAUUGACAGAAAUAGUUUUCUCUUGGACAGGGCUAGUCUAAUGUUCAUGAAAGUGAACACUUUUUGUGUUGACAUUUCCAUUCACUAUUUCUAUAAGCAACUAGGUUUUGUCAUGUGGUUCAAACAAUUUGUGUCACUAAAGUCAUCUUCUGGAAUAACAAAGCAAAAAGUAUAUGAUGGACACAAAAGUUUGGAAUGAUUUAAACACAAGUGUAAGUUUCGAUUAUCCAAAUGUAGCUCAAGACCAAAAUCAGGGUUUAAAUUCCCCUCCCCCUUAAGUACUUUUUUAUUCACAAUGAAAUGAAAAGUCUCC